UAAACGCGGGGAUGUAAUUGUUUGGAUUUGGGUAGAAGGGCAGUUUAUUUCCUGAUAGUGUUUUGCUAUCUAUGUUAUUGAUCGACUGUUUGCUAGGUAGGUAAUAUGACAUUUUCUUAGCUAUCAUUGUUCAGGUUUUGUGAAACCAUAAAGUCAGCUGUAACGUUAGUCAUGGGGGAGCCCAAGACGCCCAAAUUUGGGUCCAUAGAAGAAGAGCUGAGUUUCUGGAAGGAGCAGUCAGACAAACACCAGCAAAGGGCUGAGGAGACACAGGAGGAGUUGCAGGAGUUCCAGCAAAUGAGUAGGGACUAUGAGGCGGAGCUGGAGACUGAGCUGAAGCAGUGUGAAGCACGGAACAGAGAACUACUGUCCAACAACAACCGGCUACGCAUGGAACUGGAGAACAUCCAGGAGAAGUACGAGGCGCAGCACUCUGAAGCGUUUAGGCAGAUCUCAUUGUUGGAGGCAGACCUGGAAGAGACCACAGCGGUCAAGGACCAACUCCAGAAGUACAUCAGAGAGCUGGAGCAGUCCAAUGACGACCUGGAGAGGGCCAAGAGGGCGACCAUCAUGUCCCUGGAGGACUUUGAGCAGAGGAUGAACCACGUGAUCGAAAGGAACGCCUUCCUGGAGAGUGAGCUGGACGAAAAGGAAAACCUUCUGGAGUCUGUCCAGAGACUAAAGGAUGAGGCCAGAGAUUUACGACAGGAGCUAGCUGUACAGCAGGUCCAGGAGCGACGCCCACCCAGUAGCCUCUCUAAAGAGAAAGACAGGACCGAAUCAUCGUCACGCUCCACCAUACUGACAACCCCCUCCAAACCACUUGGUACAUUCCCAGCAACCCCAGCCUCAAGCAUUCGUCGAGGGGAUAACCUAACAGGAACUCCACUGACUACGUCGGCUCGCAUAUCUGCACUCAACAUCGUCAGGGAGCUCCUAAGAAAAGUUGGGAACCUGGAGUCCAAGUUGGCUUCUUGUCGAGACUUCGUAUAUGACACGUCGCCGAAAAGACAGACUCUUCCGUCGUGUCCCGGUACCCCCUCUGCUAUAGAGGGAGGCACAGAGAUCCAGGCCUGCAGCAUGAGCCCUCCACACUACGACAGUUUGGUGAAGCGGUUAGAGUUUGGACCUGCGCCUCCUCGGGGAUCUCCUCCCACAGCUCCCAGUCACCAUCAGGGGGAGUCAAGAUCCUGCUAUGAAACGAGGGCCUCCCCUGUCCCCCUCCCCACACCAGACUGUACUACCCAUCAGUAGGGCUUUAAACUGUGUCCCCUCACUACACUACCAGCUGAACAUCCUCCCCCUCAGUCAGACUAUGAACCAGGAAGCCGCUCCCUCUAUCAACUUAUUUGCUGCAUGGACUGAGAAGAACCGCUGUCAUGAUGCUACAGUUUUAUUUUAAUGAAUAAUAGAAGUGAGGAUUCCUUGACCCCGCUGCAUGUCCUCCUGAUGACCCCUGAACCCAAGUCCUGCAAUGACAACCCCAACCCCCAACCCUGCUACUAAUCCUCCCCCGGUCCUUCUUGUACCCACAUUCUCUGAUUGAACUCCAUCUUGGAUUCUUGGUGUGCCAGCUAUAGCAGAAGAGUGAAGUUGGUCAAUAGUUGGUGCUGUGCCUUAGCAUUGCUGCCUUUUAUCAGUAUAUCACCACCACAUGGAAGUUUUGCCUAGUCAUGAUUCCUUUCUGUAUGUCUAACUAUAUGUCCGUUUGUAGCUAAGCCACAUAGGUGCUUAGAGGCUAUACGUGUAAAGUGUCAGAUGGUAAAGCUAGCCUAACUUACCUUUUGGAGAAUGUGUAUUAAACCUUUCUUUGUGCUGUGUUGUCAUCGGCUGUAAAAGCUAAGGAUGGUCUGAAGUUAUGGGUACUACUACUUUACUGGAUUAAUGUACAAAUAUACAUUAUUUUAAAUGUCUUCUACCUGGUAACUUGAAAAAGUAUUAUCUGUGACAAAUGCACAGACUAGCUAGCCUAUACCCUGUCAUGCAUUUGCAGAAUGUUUUACAAGAUAGGAACAGAAAGUACAUUGAGUUAACUGAAAAUCUCAAAUUUAGUCUAGGUCUUUGGCAAAGACGUUACCACAGUUGAUAAAGUUAGUUUUAGAUGUUCUCUCCAUUUGUUUGAUGGUUUGCAUAUGUUCUUCAUCUUUUAUGAGUCAGAGAGUUAAGGGGCACCACUGAAUGUAUAGAAUCUAUAUUAGAUGUUUCUAAUAGGAAGUGGCCUAAAGCUUUGGUUGAAUUUUGAGCAGGUCAGUCAACCCAGAAUUCCUGUCAAAAUACUGAUCUUAUAUCAGAUCAGGGAGCUAUCAAAGAUGACAAAAUAGGGUUUCGAGAAAGCACAGUUCAUACUAUAUUUCCAAAACCAUUAUGGAUGAUGCCUUGGUUACACUGUUUGAUGCUGGACAUGUGAAUUCUUUACGUGCUGUUUAAAAUAAUGUUUUAGCCUUCUGUCUUUCCAAUGAGGAGCAAUAGUCCAAUAUCAAGGACAUAUGACACUAGGGCAUGUUACUGCUCAAUGACGUUUGUACUUACUAACAAUGUGUAUAUAUCGGUUCCAUCCAUAUGUGCUUUAUCCAAUUCCCCUGUCAUGUUCGUGAUAAAGGAGUUGGUUAGAACACACAGAUUUGAGACCAGGAUAAUAUGUCUACAAAGCAGCUGUUCUUAUGAAUGAACUAAGGACCAGGAAGUACCGUUUGUAGAGCUUCUUUUACAACUGUACAUGCAACUGUUUGUGGGUGUUUACUAACAUACUAACUUCUGUUUGAUUUACAUUGAAAUGUAUGCACCUGAGGUGCUCUGACCUUUUGACCUGUUGGUUUGCAAUCCUUUUUGUAUCAAAAUGAACACAUAAAAUGAACAUUCUUAACAUG